GUUUUGAGAAAAUGUCAACAAAAUUUCCGAGUAGUUAGCCCCCUGAUUACGGAGGAGGUGAUUGUCAAAAAUUAUUUGGAAGGAAAAAAGAAAACAUUUUGUUUUUCGUGGUUUUUGUGUGGAAAUUCUUUGCGAAAAAUGGAUGUAUUCAACAAACUUUACUCGUCUGUAAGCAGUACUGUUUCUCAAAUUCAAGGAGUACUUCCGGGGAAUCCUGUGACGAGGGAAUUUGAGGUGGUGGAACACAUUGCAAGUGCAGGGCCAGGACUUCUGUGGAAGAUAUAUCGUGGGUAUAAGAAGUCAACCAGGCAGGAAGUUGCAGUGUUUGAGUUUGAGAAGCGACAACUGGAACGAUGGCAGAAGGAUGAUCGCGAAGUAAUGCUGGAAACUCUCAAACGUGGAAUUAGUCAGCUUACGAAAAUUCGUCAUCCACAAGUGCUGACAGUACAGCAUCCCCUUGAGGAGAGUCGCGACAGCUUGGCAUUUGCAACGGAACCUGUAUUUGCAUCUCUGGCUAAUCUUCUUGGGAACAGGCAUAACCUGCCACAGCCCCAACCAACUGCCUUGACUGGCUUCAAACUAUUCGACGUUGAGAUUAAAUAUGGGAUAAUACAGCUCGCAGAGGGGCUGGCAUUCCUGCAUUCAGACGUAAAGCUCCUCCAUAGGAAUAUCUGUCCAGAAUCCAUCAUUGUCAAUCAACAGGGAGCUUGGAAGAUAUUUGGUUUUGAUUUUUGCAUUCUGAAUCAGACAACGCACGAUGCGAAACCAUUCUGGCCAUAUCAAGAAUAUAACUCCACCUGGCACGUUCUCACGCAACCAAUGCUUGAGUACAUGGCACCAGAAAAUGCCCUCAUCUCCACCCACUCGCCCGCAAGCGAUAUCUUCUCUCUCGGCAUGCUAAUUUUCACGAUUUACUCAGUGGGAGGGAAACCAAUGAAGAACUUUGGGAAAGACUGGGGUGCUUUCAAGCGAUUCUCUUCUGAACUCAAACAGGGACGAUAUCCAUCCAUGUCACACAUCCCUGAUGGUUUUGUGGACUACGUCCGCCUGAUGCUCAAUGCUACGCCGGAGCUACGUCCGGACAUUCAUGACAUUAACAAAGUCCCCUACUUUGACGAUGUGGGCGUGAAGACGCUCAGCUAUCUGGACGCCCUCUUCCAGUGGGAUAAUCUGCAGAAGUCAAAAUUCUACAAAGGACUCCCACAAAUUAUCUCCAAAUUACCCCAUCGUGUCAAUAUGCAGAGAAUUCUUCCGUGUUUAGUGAAGGAGUUCAUUAAUGCCCCAAUGGUACCAUUUGUACUGCCCAAUGUGCUCCUAAUUGCGGAGAAUUGCACAGAGAAGGACUACAAGAAACACAUCCUGCCACCAUUGAAAGCUGUGAUGAAAAUUCAAGAUCCAAUUCAGAUCCUUCUUAUCUUCCUGCAGAAGAUGGAUCUCCUGCUGAAGCUAACACCGGCAGAAGAUGUGAAGACGGAUGUUCUUCCAAUGCUGUAUCGUGCCCUCGAAGCGGAUGCACAGCAAAUUCAGGAACUCUGCCUUUCUGUACUCCCAACUUUUGCUUCUCUCGUUGAUUAUCCUGCCAUGAAGAAUGCCCUUCUGCCGCGUAUAAAGAAACUCUGCAUUGGAACACCGUAUAUGUCGGUUAGAGUGAAUUGUCUCCUCUGCAUUGGAAGACUUCUCGAACAUCUCGACAAGUGGCUGGUACUUGAUGAAAUUAUUCCCUUUUUGGUGCAAAUUCCCUCGAGGGAACCAGCUGUUCUUAUGGGAAUUCUUGGUAUCUACAAGCUCGCUCUGACUAACAAUAAAUUGGGCAUUACAAAGGAUGUAAUGGCUACAAAGGUUAUACCCUUCCUCGUGCCACUCUGCAUUGAAAAUGGUCUGUCAUUGAGUCAAUUUAAUGCCCUCAUAUCAUUGGUGAAAGAUAUGAUUGAUCGUGUGGAACAGGAGCAUCGAACGAAGCUGGAACAAUUGAAUUCAAUUCAGCAAGAAUCAAAGGCACUUGAUCUCAACUAUGCCAGUGCUACGGGGCCGUUAGUACCCUCAGUACCCACUGGAGUUACACCCGAAAUGGAUACGAUGUUCUCGAAUUUGGGGCUUGAUUCGUACUUGUCGAAAAUCUCACCACAGGAAGCUACAAGUCCGGCUGUUGAGGUGAAAAUGACCUCAUCUCUGUUACUUGAGGACAAGCAACGAAUGGUGAAGCAACAGGAGCAGACGCAACGGCUACAGCAACAACCAUCAUUGGUUGCACAGCAGCCAGUACAAAUUGCUCCACCUCCAAAACCGAAAGACCUCACGUCUACACUCAUAGAAGCCAAUCUCAAUUUAAUGAAAACAACCGCAGCAACAACGAGGGGGAGUUCCAUCAACAACAACCCUUCUUCCCUUUCAUGGGCCCCAACAGCAACACCUGCAGCUGCUCCUUCAUGGAAUAAUGGCAUCACAAGCCCCACAUAUGCAUCGGGGAGUACCAAUCAGUGGAAUAAUAACAAAUCUACGGCGGGAAAUUGGACAGCAUUGGACUCAUUGCUACCAAAUAAGAGCACAAAUAAGAUGAGCCUCAAUCAAAUGCCAACGUCAAAUCAACCUCUACUCAAAGCAUCCGCAACUCCUAGUCAAAAUCAGUCGAAACAACCAACUAAUCAAUUAAGUACACAGGAUAUAAUGGAUUUUCUCGGCUAAGGGCACAUUUCUAUUUGUUCGAGUUUUAAAAAAAUAUCUUCUACAGAAUGGUCUGGAAAGUUUGGUCAUGAUUUUAGCAGCUAAGAACUUUUGAUUGCAAUAUUUGAUAUUUGAAUAAUUUUGCCGGAAAAGUAUGCGUAAAUUAAAAGUUUUUACCUAGUUUUUGAUUUAGGGCUGUAUCUCGAAAAUUUUAGCCGCUAGAAAUCAAAAUGUAAAAGUAAAUUUUUCUUUGUUAAUUCAUUUAACUACCAAAUCCGGCUUAAUUUUUUUUAGCCAUGGCUUUCUUAACCGAAAUUUAUUUUUUUUUUAAUCAGGCUUAGGUUUCUUAGGGUUAGGGAAGUCUGACUUGGGAAUAAAUACAAAAAUGAAUUUAA